CAUUACUACGUCGUGUUCUAAACAAAACGGUCCGAAAAUGAUUCUAUCUCGAACGAAAUCAGACUCGGCUAAGGGGGCUCGCGAUUCCGCCGGAUCCAGCAGCGCUAGGAAGGCAGUUGUUCCCAGCUUUGAAGAUUUUCUGCUGAAGCGAGAUUAUGUCGGUGCGAAAACUGUACUUCAGUGCUCGAAAGACUACGACGAAGUUUCCGAUGCUUUGAAGGAAGUGUGGGUGGCGUUCUGCGACUUCCACAUCGGAGAUUAUAAGGAAUCUUUGCAGCAGUAUGAAAAAAUGUACGCAGCAGAUCGAACUCAACAUGACAUCGCGAUGAAUAUCUGCGUAUGUAUGUUCUAUCUGGGAAUGUACGACGAGGCCCAAAAGCUGAUCGAAGAGCUGCCGGAGAAUCCGCUGAAGAUACGGUUACUGUUUCACUUGGCCCACAAACUUGGCGAAGAGGAUCGCUUGAUGGAAUUGCAUGGAUCGCUUCGCGAUGUAGUCGAAGACCAGUUGAGCCUUGCUGGGAUGCAUUAUCUUCGUUCGCACUAUCAGGAAGCCAUUGAUAUUUACAAGCGAGUUCUGCUGGACAACAAAAAUUUACUGGCGUUGAACGUUUACAUUGCAAUUUGCUACUACAAACUAGAUUACUACGAUAUUUCUCAGGAAGUGUUGGAUUUGUAUCUCAAUCAACAUGCGGACAGUACAAUUGCAAUCAAUUUGAAGGCUUGCAAUCGUUUCCGAUUGUUCAAUGGGCGUGCUGCUGAGCAGGAAAUUAAAAAUAUCGUUGACAAUGGAACCUUUGGAGCCGAUUUGAUCAAGCACAACUUGGUAGUUUUUCGAAACGGCGAAGGAGCCCUUCAAAUCCUGCCCCAGUUGAUCGACAUAAUUCCCGAGGCACGGUUGAAUCUGGCCAUUCAUCACCUUCGCCGGGGGGAGAUUCAGGAAGCGCACCAACUGAUGAAGGAAGUGCAACCAUCGGUACCGCAGGAAUAUAUCCUGAAGGGGGUUGUCCAUGCAGCUCUGGGUCAGGAGACUGGUUCGAAGGAACAUUUGAAAAACGCUCAACAGUGUCUCCAUUUGGUCGGAGGAUCCGCAUCUGAGUGCGACACCAUUCCGGGACGUCAGAGCAUGGCAUCUGCGUUCUUCCUCUACGGACAAUUUGAGGAGGUCCUCGUCUAUCUGAACUCGAUCCGGAGCUAUUUCGUAAACGAUGAUGUAUUCAACUACAAUUAUGCGCAGGCAAAGGCCGCAACGGGUUACUACAAGGAAGCUGAAGAGAUACUACUUCAAAUUCACGACAUCACCAUCAAAACGGAUCACACCUACGCGAUGGUGUUGGCUAAAUGUCACAUCCAUUCGGGGCACGCGGAUCAGGCUUGGAAUAUCUUUCUGACCAAAGAUUCGACUCCGGAUGCGUUCGCACUGCUUCAACUGAUCGCCAACGACAGCUAUCGCGUCGGAGAGUUUUGGGUUGCUGCGAAAGCUUUUGACACCCUGGAAAAGCUCGAUCCCAAUCCGGAAUACUGGGAAGGUAAGCGAGGUUCGUGUGCCGGUGCCAUACAGGCCAUCAUGGCCAAACGUUCCAGUGGUUCACCGCCGGGUGGUGUUGCGGAAGUCAUCGCGCUGCUCCGGGACUCGACGAACAUUCAGGCGGAAAGUAUGCUACGAACGAUUAGACGUUUUGCAAGCAGUAUUAAAUAAAUAACAAAUACGAUAAUGAAAUCAUUUUACUGUGAAAGUGAGGGAUAAAGUUUUUGUGUUAGUUAUUCUCCAUCAUUUAUUUGAUGGUAUUUGCUAACAUCAUCUGAUACAACUAAAUAUUGGUAUAAUUCAGAAUAAAUAUGA